CUGCCCUGCGUGACGCCAUCACGACGCGCCGUGGCGUGUGCGGUCGCAGCCGUCGCCGCCGCCCGCAGCAUGGCCGUGGCCGCGGAUCCGUCGCCGCUCGCCCCGGCGCUGCCCGCCGCCUCCAUCCCCUCCUUCGCCGUGGCCCGCGGCCUGGUGGGGCGGCGCUACUCCUGCCUGGUGGUGGCGCCGCACCGCCGGCACGUCGCCCUGGCGCCGCGCUACCUGGGCCGCAAGCGCACCGGCAUCCGCGCCCAGCUGGACACCGAGCUCCUGCGCUACUCGGAAAGCCUUCAGGGUGUGCCAGUGGCUUACGACAACAUCAAAGUGGUGGGUGAGCUCGGCGACAUUUACGACGACCAAGGGUUCAUCCACCUGAACAUCGAGGCGGACUUCGUCAUCUUCAGCCCCAAAAAAGGGAAAAAGCUGGUGGGUAUAAUUAAUAAAGUGGCCCCUAGUCAUAUUGGUUGUCUGAUACAUGGAUGCUUCAAUGCUUCUAUCCCUAAACCUGAACAAAUGUCGAUUGUACAGUGGCAAGAGCUGGGGUUAAAAAUAGGGGAUGAACUGAAAUUUCAAGUAUUGCACUUGGAUUCUGAUGCAGCUGGGGUGUUCUUCAUUCGAGGAGGACUCACUAAAAGCAGCAUGCGGCCCAAGCAGUCUGUGACCAUUACUGACAGUACAAAUGGAGAUGAAAUUCAAAACCUUGACCACCAGGAAAAUGGCUUGAAUGACUCUGGGGGAGACAAUGUCACAGGGGAACCUCUGGGUGAGAUGGAUAACACUGGGAGGGAAAAUGCAGAAGAGCAAAGUGCUGAUGCUGUUAAUGGAUUAUGUGAUGAUAAAAGCAAGAAGAAGAAGAAGAAGAAAAAGCAUAAGCAAGAAGAACAGGAACAUGUAUUGCCUACUAGUGACUCCAGUGGUUACCAAAGCGACCAUAAAAAGUCAAAGAAAAAGAAAAGAAAGCAUUGUGAUGAAGUCGAAGAAACUGAAUUAUCUCAGCUGUCCCAAGAACCCAAAGCUAAAAAGAAAAAGGACAAAGUCUGAAGCGCCUUUCCUGAAUAAGAUUUUAGACGGUUUUGAUAUACUUGCAAUAAAAUCCUGUUUUCAAAAUGCAUAUGUAUAUUUCUUUACUAAACAAUCUGCUCUGCUAGGUGAGGUGAUGUUUGUGUGCAUACAUGCACCCACAGCUUUAAAGGCAGGAGUUUUUUAAGAAGUGAUAGAAGAAAUGGCAUAGAAGCAAUAUCUGCCUGUUUCAUUUACUGGAAAAUAAGGCACAGAAGAACAGUGGAAUGUAAUUAACAGGAACGUCUCACCUCUCCCUGCUUCCUGGUUCCACACAUUAACCAGGAGCUAGCUGUGGUCUUUGCUACUCUAAUUCCAUCUUUGCUGCUCAGUGUCUUGAUUUUAUAAGGGCAGAUUAGGCUUACAUUUGGGGUUCUGGGAAAUACACCUCAGUUCCCAGGGGCUGAGAGGAGAUGUUUGGGGUUUUUUUAAUUAUUGUAAGGGGCCAUGAAUGCCUGUGAAUGAGACUGCAGCCUGACUUAAAAGUUAAGCAAGCUCUAGUGUCUUGGAUCUUUCAAAACAGCUUUUGUGGUAUUCUAGGAAAAGCAGUAUGAUCAGUUUAUUCAGAGCAAGAGGGAAGACAGGAGAAGAUUAAAGUAAUCUGGUGUAAUGCAGUACCACUUAUGGGUUAGAAUACCACUGAGAUAUAGGCCGAUAAAGCAGUUGGUAAUGGAACAUACUUUGAUAAAGUUCAUUUUUAUGCAUCAAGUUCAUUGACUUCACAGUGGUUUUUUUUUUUAAAAAAAGCUAAAGUGCAACUCCCAACUUUUUGUGCUAGGUGUAACUUUCAAACGCUGCUCUCUAGAAUAGGAGGUAGCUACUGUCAGUAUUUUCCAAACUGUUGGAAUUAACGUUAGUGGAAAGUUCUGACAAUGGGAUAAUGACAGUUAAACAUUAACAAAUGUACCUUUACUAAGAACUAAUUUUCCUGGUGUACACGUAUGAUAAUUUUUUGGGUAUCGGUACUUCUGGUUGCAGCCCUUUUCUAUUGUGAGUUCUGGGGAGGACUGUAGUGUGACAAGGCUAAGUCUUUACCUGAAGUAGGGGAGGCAGUGGUUACUUUGAUAUUGAUUUACCUGUUACAAGAAGAUAUAACCAGCUCUUUGGAAGCCUUGUGACUCCAGACUUACCAAGUCAAAUCUAAGUUUCUGUGUUCCAGGCUGGAUGGUAUGGUGGUACAUCAUAGGCAUUUUAAAGUUGUCAUAAUGCCAUAAAGAACCGAGUUAACAGUUUUUGAAGAUCUAUAAGGGAAGGGAAACACAUCUUCAGCAGACUCACUGUUGGUGACUGUGGCAUGAGCCAAGCCCCACCAGUUCAUAGAACCAGCUCGUAGCACCAAGAGUUUUGUCUUGCUCUGUUCCAGCUUUCCAUCAGCGUGGAGACAAGGGAGACAUUCCAGGGGGAAGAACUGAAGUUGCAACUAACGAAUCAAGUAACAUAGAUAGUAUAAAUGCUUUUCAGCACUUUGAAUGUUCUUUUCCCACUUUUGCUGCUUUACCAUUCUCUUACUGAGAAAGAAACUCCUAUUGUAAUUUAAGAAACUAUGCAAACUGUCUUUUUGACGGUAUUAAGCAAAUUUUCUGAAAGCAUAGUGUAAUCUGUCUCAGUUAUGGGCCUUAUUUAAAAGCAGGAUUUAUUUGGCACACAAGUGUGGCCGGCACCCUCUUGUAUCAUUUUUUGGCUUUCUUUCUUGUCUUACAACAGAAGAGUGCAAUUAAAAAAUAAACUAAGUGCAGGAACUGGCUAUUCAUGAUUGCUGAACAAGUUGUUGCAUGUAUUAUUACAUUAAAUGUAACAUGUUACAUUAAAUUCAUGCAGUAAAAUUGUAGACUUCAUUGCCUGACAUUUGGCCGAAGCAGUUGAGGGUUUUCUGCUGUAUUGUGUCUUUGGAAGGGGAAAAGUGAAGAAAAGACUUGAAGAAAAGUGCUUUUCACAGUUGGAGACAGUAUUGGCAGCCUCACAGCUGCACUGUUGAUGUUGCUGUAGACACUGUUUCAGCAUUAACUAAAUAUGGCAAGAAAACUUGGAUUUUCAGAAGUGAAUUGUCACUCUAUUCAUGACUUUAAAUCACUUUGCUUUGGUUUUUCCCCUUCAAAAAAAAAAAAAAAGUAAGAUUUUCCAAUGCUUGAAAUUAACAAAGGAAAGAAGCCGAACUUGAUACUUUGCAUAGAAGUUUCUAAGAAAUUUGAUCGUUAUAGAUGUUUAGCUUUCUGUGUUCCCCUGGACUACAAAUGAAGAGUUGUAUUGAAUUUUGAGUUAAGUUGAGGUUUUUGAAAACAGAACAAACAUUUGUAAAGCUUCCAGUGAGGCCAGGUGACUUCAUAUUUGCUUGCACAGCCCUUCUGUUCCUUUUUUCCAUUUGCAUUCUAGUAUAACUCAUUUCUGCCGCACAACAAAGAGAAGGUUAGAAAAUAAAAUUGUAUUUUGUCCUAUAACUAUGUUGAUAGUUACACCAAGGUAACUAUCAGGUGAUCUAGAGAAAAUAUAUGCUGUUCUUUUUCCUGUUUUAACAUUAAGUUGGCAACAAAGCCAAUAUUGACUUCUGUCUGUGGUUGAUAAUCUUUUGUCUGUAU